ACCGGAUCAAGGAAUCACACCGUCGACUAAAACAACCGGAAAGUCACCAUUCUCACAAAGAAUACCGUCGACUAAAACAACCCUAUUUCGACUUUCUUCCCAAAUAAAUACAACAAGCUAACAAGAGGGAGGGCAUCAACAAAAUUUAUCAAAUGCCCAUAAUUUAUCUCAUUAUCCCAUCUUUAUUGUUGUGUUUUUUCGUGAGAUUGUGCUCAAAAGUAAUCAAAGGAAGGCAAAACUUGAAAAAUGCAAUUGGGUUUUUUCAUCCAUACACAAACGAUGGAGGUGGAGGAGAAAGAGUGUUGUGGUGUGCAGUCAAAGCUAUUCAAGAUGAAAAACCUCAACUUGAUUUUUUUAUUUACACUGGAGAUCAUGAUGCUUCUCCUCAAAGUUUAAUGUCUCGAGCUACUGAUCGUUUUGGGAUCCAUUUAGCUUUCCCACCUAAGGUUGUGUAUCUAAAUAGAAGAAAAUGGAUUGAGGACACAACAUAUCCUCGCUUCACUAUGAUCGGUCAGAGCCUUGGUUCAGUCUUUCUCUCUUGGGAAGCUCUGUGCAAGCUUACACCUUUGUAUUAUUUCGAUACAAGUGGUUAUGCUUUUACUUACCCACUAGCCAGGCUUUUUGGCUGCUAUGUUAUAAGCUAUACUCAUUAUCCUACCAUCAGUUCGGAUAUGGUGUCUCGUGUUCGUGAUAGGAGUGCAUUGUAUAACAACGAUGACUUGAUUGCCCGAAGUGUUUGGCUAUCAAGGUGCAAAAUAAUUUACUAUACAAUUUUCAGUUGGUUGUACGGAUUUGUUGGCUCUUUUGCUCACAUAGUCAUGGUAAAUUCCUCAUGGACCCGGUCUCAUAUUGUGAACCUUUGGAGAAUUCCUGACCGUACAAAGAGAGUUUAUCCGCCUUGUGAUACUUCUAGCCUGCAGGCUCUACCAUUGGAAAGACCGACAAAUGUGCCAACUAUUAUAUCGGUGGCUCAGUUUCGUCCUGAGAAGGCACAUCCUCUUCAACUACAGGCUUUCGCAAAAGCUAUUAGUAAGAUUGGUCCUGGUCUUUCUAGACCUAAGCUUCAGCUCGUGGGUAGUUGUCGCAACAAUGCGGACGAAAAUAGACUACAGAAGUUGAAAGAAAUGGCAGUUGAGCUGAAGGUGGAAAAGGAUGUGGAGUUCCACAAAAAUAUCAUGUACAGGGACUUGGUUAAACUUUUGGGAGCUGCAGUUGCAGGGAUUCAUACAAUGACAGAUGAGCAUUUUGGCAUAAGUGUUGUGGAAUUCAUGGCCGCUGGUGCUAUUCCAAUCGCCCACAACUCAGCUGGUCCGCAGAUGGACAUUGUGUUGGAGGAAGAUGGACAAAGAACGGGAUUUCUUGCACAAACAGAGGAAGAGUAUUCGGAAGCUAUAGUCGAAGUUUUGACAAUGCCAGAGACUAAAAGACUUGAGAUGGCAGCUGCUGCAAGGAAGCGGGCGGGCAGAUUUUCCGAGCAGAAGUUUUACAACGAUUUUAAAGCUGCCGUUCGACCAAUUCUACAUCAAUCUUAGUUUAAACAAAUAUCUUUUCUCUUUUUGUACUUGCCAUUUAGUCAAAUAGAUUUGAGGUAGAUGAGAAAAAACUACAUGAUACAGUUGAAGUUUUACACACUUGUAGAUGUACCCCUAACAUGAAAGUAAACAAUGGGUUUUGACGUUUUGUAGCUGCACCUGUAACAUAAUUUGCCAAUUAAUUGGUACAAUAUUUUAUCGGG